AGUAGAGACUAGAGAGUACUAUUCCUUUUCGUUUUUUUUCCCUCCGGAAGAAUUUUGUUUUCCCUCCCAAACCACAACGCUCCUUUUUCGAACCCUCCUUCCCCGCUCCCCCUCCCUCCGCUCCCAUGCCGGAAGAGUCGACCAGUCCGACCGCGGCGGCGUCCGGCGGCGGCGGCGGCGGCCACUCUCCUUCGGCGCCUCCAAAGAGCAGGCCGCGGCUCUUCAUCAAGGAGAUGGUGCUCCGCAAUUUCAAAUCCUACGCCGGCGAGCAGCGCAUCGGCCCCUUCCACAAGAGCUUCUCGGCAGUUGUGGGCCCUAAUGGCAGCGGGAAAAGCAACGUCAUAGACGCGAUGCUCUUCGUGUUUGGGAAGCGGGCGAAGCAGAUGCGUCUGAAUAAGGUAUCGGAGCUGAUACACAAUUCUAGCGACCAUCAAAACCUGGACAGUGCUGCAGUUUCCGUCCACUUCCAAGAAAUUGUCGAUCUGGCUGACGGAACCAACGAGGCUGUCGAGGGCAGUGACUUUGUCGUUACAAGGAUUGCUUUUAGGGACAACUCUUCUAGAUACUACAUUAACGAGCGUGCAAGUAAUUUCACCGAAGUCACCAAAAUGCUUAAAGGGAAAGGGGUGGACCUGGACAACAACCGCUUUCUAAUUCUACAGGGUGAGGUCGAGCAGAUUUCCCUAAUGAAACCCAAGGUUCAAGGGGCCCAUGAUGAGGGCUUUUUAGAAUAUCUGGAGGAUAUUAUUGGGACAAAUCAGUAUGUGGAAAAGAUCGAAGAAGCGCAGAGACAGCUUGAGGUCCUCAAUGAAAAACGAUCUGCAUCAGUGAAUAUGGUGAAACUAGCUGAGAAAGAAAGAGAAAGCUUAGAGAAUGUCAAAAAUGAAGCAGAGGAAUAUAUGUUGAAGGAACUAUCACUUUUGAAAUGGCAAGAGAAGGCAACUAAAUUGUCUUCUGAUGAUGCUGCUACUCGUGUUAUUCUCUUGCAAGAGGAUGUGUCAAACCUGGAAACAAAUCUCACAAGUGAGAGGGAGAAGAUUCAACAGAAUUCUUCUACAUUGAAGGAACUAGAAAGUGUAUACAAUAAAUAUGUGAAAAGACAAGAGGAACUCGACACUGAGAUGAGAACCUGUAAAGACCAGUUUAAGGAGUUUGAACGACAAGAUGUGAAAUACAGAGAAGAUUUAAAGCACCUCAAGCAAAAAAUUAAAAAAUUAGAUGACAAAGUUGAAAAGGAUGCAUCCAAACUAGAUGAAUCGAUGAAAGAUAUAGACGAAUCCUCGAAUCUCAUUCCAAAACUCGAGGGAGAGAUACCCAAACUACAACAGCUGUUGCUUGCGGAAGAAAAGCUAUUAGAAGAAAUUAAAGAAAGCUCUCGGGAUGAAACUGAGAGACAUCAUUUGGAGCUCAUCAAAGUCCGGGCAGAGUUAGAACCCUGGGAGAACCAGCUGAUUGAGCAUAAAGGGAAACUUGAUGUUGCAUCUGCUGAAAGCAAGCUUUUGAAAGAAAAGCACAUUGCUUGCCAAGUAGAAUUUGAGCAGGCUCAACAAGAGAAUAAUGAUAUAGUGGAGAAAAUCAAAACGAAGAAGGCAAGCAUUACAGAGAUUCAAGCUAAAAUAGAGAGAAACCGGCUUGGAGCGAUGGAAGCUCAUAAAAUUGAAGAAGAAAGCUUAAAGAAGGAAGAGUCGCUUAUUCCUCUUGAACAAGCUGCCAGACAGAAACUUUCAGAAAUCAUGUCUGUUUUGGAAACUGAAAAGACUCAGGGUGCAGUUCUAAAAGCAAUUCUGCAAGCCAAGGAAUCAAAGGACAUAGAAGGAAUUUUUGGCCGAUUAGGUGAUCUUGGUGCAAUAGAGGCAAAAUAUGAUGUUGCCAUAUCUACAGCCUGUCCUGGGCUGGAUUACAUUGUUGUUGAGACAACUGCAGCAGCACAAGCUUGUGUUGAGUUACUUCGGAGGAAGAAUCUUGGCGUUGCAACUUUCAUGAUAAUGGAAAAACAAGUAGAUCAUCUGCACAAGCUAAACAAGAAAGUUCAAACUCCUGAAAAUGUUCCACGCCUAUUUGAUCUGGUAACUGUCAAAGAUGAGAGACUGAAGUUGGCUUUUUUUGCUGUCUUGGGAAACACCGUUGUAGCAGAAGACCUCAAUCAGGCUACAAGAAUUGCAUAUGGUGGGGAUAAAGAAUUUCGACGCGUAGUGACACUGGAAGGUGCACUUUUUGAGAAGUCUGGCACAAUGAGUGGCGGUGGAACCAAGCCUCGAGGUGGUAAGAUGGGUACAUCUAUUAGGGAAAGUGUUUCAGGAGAAGUUAUUCUAAAUGCUGAAAAGGAACUUGCGGAACUUGUUGACCAACUCAGUAUCUUGAGACAAAGAAUUACUGAUGCUAGAAGCUGUUAUCAGGCUGCUGAAGGAGAGAUAGCCCAUCUUGAAAUGGAGUUGGCAAAAAGUUGGAAGGAGAUAGACAGUUUGAAUGCACAAUACAGUUACAAUGAAAAGCGACUUGGUUCGCUGAAAACUGCUUCACAGCCAAAAGAGGAUGAUCUUUGCAGACUGGAGGAGUUGGAUCACAUCAUACUUGCCGAGCAGAGGGAAUUGGACAAGCUUGCUAAAUGCUCUAGUAAGCUCAAAGAUAGAGCUUUCGAGCUUCAGAACAAAAUCGAAAAUGCAGGUGGAGAAGUGCUAAAGAAUCAGAAAUCAAAAGUGACAAAUAUCCAAUCUGAAAUUGACAAAACCAGUACAGAAAUAAAUCGUCACAAAGUUAAGAUAGCAACAUGUGAGAAAUUCGUGAAGAAAUUAACUAAGGGAAUUGAAGAGUCGAAGAAAGAAAAAGAGAAAAAUAUGGAGGAGAAAGAGAAGAUGAUGUCCGUUUUUAAAGAGAUAGAGCAAAAGGCAUUUUUAGUUCAGGAAAACUAUAAGAAAACUCAAGAGCUUAUUGACAAGCAUAAAGAUGUGCUUGACGAAACAAAGGCCAAAUACAACAAAUUAAAGAAAAUGAUGGAGGAGCUACGAGCUGCUGAGGUUGAUGCUGAGUACAAAUUGCAAGAUGCGAAAAAACUUGCAAAAGAGUGGGAGAUGAAGACGAAGGCGCUCAAAAAAAGGGUUGAUGAUAUACAAUUGAAUCUUGUCAAACACAUGGACCAAAUUCAAAUGGACGCAGUUGAUCCUGAAAAGCUUCAGGCAACAGUUAGUGAGGAGUCACUAAAUGACGCCUGUGAUAUGAAAAGAGCAAUGGAGAUGGUGGCAUUGCUAGAAGCUCAGAUAAAAGAGAUGAAUCCAAACUUGGAUUCAAUUGCAGAAUAUAGGAAAAAGGUUCUACUAUACAAUGCACGCGUGGAUGAGCUAAAUUCUGUGACACAAGAGCGAGAUGACCUCAAAAAGCUGUAUGAUGGGUUGAGGAAGAAACGGUUAGAUGAGUUCAUGACAGGAUUCAACAUAAUAUCCCUGAAGUUGAAGGAGAUGUAUCAGAUGAUUACUCUUGGGGGUGAUGCAGAAUUGGAACUUGUUGAUUCCUUGGAUCCUUUUUCUGAAGGCGUAGUUUUCAGUGUGAGGCCCCCAAAGAAGAGCUGGAAGAAUAUUGCUAAUCUAUCGGGUGGUGAGAAGACGCUUAGCUCCCUGGCUCUUGUGUUUGCCCUUCAUCAUUACAAACCCACCCCAUUGUAUGUCAUGGAUGAGAUUGAUGCUGCAUUAGAUUUUAAGAAUGUUUCUAUUGUUGGGCAUUAUGUGAAAGACAGGACUAGAGAUGCUCAGUUUAUUAUCAUUAGCCUUAGAAACAAUAUGUUUGAGCUAGCCGAUCGACUUGUUGGUAUAUACAAGACACACAAUUGCACUAAAAGCAUAACUGUCAAUCCCGGAAGCUUCGUAGACUGUGGAAAGGCUGCCUAACUGUAUCUGCUUGCUGUAUCAGAAGUAACAUAUUUGGAACUGAGGUUUCCACACAAUAGGGAGGUGAUAGUGCACAGGCUGCAUUGUAUCGAUUCGAGCACACGAAUGUAAGCAUAAAAAAAAAAGGAGAAAACAUGCAUGGCUCAUGUGAGAUCAACCUUGAUUUAUUGGGUUGGAUUUAAAUCACUGAGUAGGUUGAAGUUAGGUGAAUGCAAAUGAUUCUUGUUUGCAGUAAUGCUUAAGAUCUUUUUGUUGUAAGCUAGAAUUAAAGGUUGGAGAAGUUUUAUGUUUUAUUGAUGGUGCAAGUCUGUAAGAACUUUUAUUUGGUGCGCUCAAACUGCUUGAUGACCUUAUUUUUUGGGAAUCCCACCAAUCAUGUGCUUGAGUUUUA